UUCUGUCUUCAAACAUUUGGUAUUGACUUGGCCAUCUCAUUCCAACAAAGUCACAACUCAUCACUCUAAUCAUUCACUUGCAUAUAAAACAUUCCCAUCCGAUAUCGUUUUCCCAUUCACUCUUCACACGUUAACUAAACAAAACCAAACCAAAAAAAAAUGGAUAUCACUCGUCUAACUAUAGCUCCUCUCCUCAUCAUAGCCGCAUUGCUUCUCACAACCGAGACAUCGGCUCAGCCAGCAGCACCAGCUCCGGGCCCUGCUGGUCCCAUCAACCUCACAGCAAUCCUCGAAAAAGGUGGUCAAUUCACUACUUUCAUCCAUCUUUUGAACAUCACUCAAGUCGGUAGCCAAGUCAACAUCCAAGUCAAUAGCUCAUCUGAAGGCAUGACCGUGUUCGCCCCAACGGACAACGCUUUUCAAAACCUUAAACCUGGAACUCUAAACAAGUUAAGCGCAGACGAACAAGUCAAGCUCAUCCUCUACCACGUUAGCCCCAAAUUCUACAGUUUGGACGAUCUCCUCUCCGUGAGUAACCCGGUUAGGACUCAAGCUUCUGGCAGAGACAACGGUGUUUACGGGCUCAACUUCACUGGUCAAGCUAACCAAGUUAAUGUAUCAACCGGUUAUGUGGAGACACGUGUCAGCAAUCCGUUGAGACAACAACGUCCUCUCGCGGUUUAUGUAGUAGACAUGGUUUUGUUGCCGGGUGAGAUGUUCGGAGAGCACAAGCUUUCGCCGGUUGCUCCUGCUCCAAAAUCUCCGUCCUCUGGGGUUUCCGAUGACUCCAACUCCACGAAAAAGGCGGCAGCCUCGCCGGCCGAUAAGUCAGGCUCCUGUGAGAGGAAAGUCGGUCUAGGGUUUGUUCUUGGGCUUGUUUUCUUGUGUUUAAAAUUUCUCUUCUGAAUUUUAUGAUCGAUGCCAUGUUUUGGUUUCUAUUGAUUUGAUCGUACGUACGGUUUGAGGUAUAAAACAUGAAAUUUGUUCAUUUAA